ACUGAUGGACCACUUGGCACUGGGACUACAGAAGUGGGUUGGGUGGGAGGAAGGGGAUCAGGAUAUCUGUUGUCUUAAGGGAGAUGGUAGUACUAAACAAAGUACGGGGAUAGGGAAGGCGUGUACAUGUAGUAGUACUGGUGGUGGUGCCACUUGUUGUACCGGUGGUACUGGUGGUAGUGCUACUACUUGUCAUGAAUGCAAGUCGUGUGGUACUGGUCCUAGUGCUAGUGAUCCUAACAACAAAUGCUACCUCUCGGCCUACAACAAGACGGAUGCUCAAUGGACCAACAUAGUCAAUGGUACACCAGGUAGUGCCGGUAGUGCCGACCUAGUGAAGGCCGCCCAGGAUGUCCACCUCCUGGCCCGUAUUUUCCUAGGGUCAGUAUGCCUCAUCUGGAGUGGACUCAGUCAGUUGGGGUUCCUAACGGGUGGUGGCAACAAUAAGAGGUGGAAGGAUAGUAAGCUGCACGAGAUAGAGAUUGAUGCCAAUAAGGGUCUCGGUUCAUUCAUGGCUGCCAUGGGCUAUGACCUGGAGAGGUUGAAUCAGGGAGCAGAUGAAAAACAAUGUGUUUCUGGAGCUCUAUAUAGUAAUCUUUCUGACGAUGAUCAUGUGAUAUUGCUGAAUAUCAUGGAACGGUACGACAGCACUACUUCGGUACCAACUAGUACUGCUGAGAAAUAUUAUGACUCUACCGAUGAAACCAUUCAAUCCCCCACACCCCGUAGUUAUUAUCUGCUUAUAAUGAGCCUUCAUAGAAGCUUCUAUAACACACUUCACUUGGACAUACCCAUGCCUCUGUAACAACCUCA